AUGUUGAACGGAGGCAAUACAAAUUUAUUUGAUGUCAAGUAUAAAGUCUUACUACUUGGUGAUACACUUGUAGGAAAAACAUCAUUACAACGUUUUAUUGCUGGAAAAGAUUUUCGAACUGAUAUUGGCGCUACAAUUGGUGUUGAUUUUGUUAAUAAAAUUAUUCCUGUAGAACAAUCAAAGAUUAAUUUACAGAUAUGGGAUACAGCUGGUCAAAGAAAUUUUCGAACAAUCGGUCGAGGUUAUUAUGCAUCAACAAAAGCAUUUGUUCUUGUUUAUGACGUUACAAAUAUGGAAACAUUUCGUUUAAUUGAAUGUUUCAGUCAAUUAAUUGAACAAGUUGGAUUAGAUAUUGAACGUCGAUAUUUAGUAGCAAAUAAAAUUGAUUUAAUUGAAGAUCGACAAGUUGAUGAAGAUUUAGGUCAACGAUUUGCUCUACGAAAUAGUAUGACAUAUUUUGAAACAAGUUGUAAAACAGGUGAAAAUAUUCAAGAAUUUUUUGAACAAAUUGCAUCUGAUCUUGUUCGUCAAUAUAAUCCAAAAUUACUUGAAUCUCAUUUACCUGUACUAAAUAGCUUUGCAUUUAAUUAUUAUGUUCCUCCAACAAUUGAUCAUAAAUUAAGUGAAAAAUUACGUAAUGCAAAUAAUCAAUCAAUAAAUCAGACGAAAAAGAAAAAGAAAUUUAAACGUAUAGAAUUAUUUUCAAUCAAUGACAAUCAACGCUUUCAUUUUCGUCGUUUUAUUAUUUGUUGUAAUCCAAGAAAGACAACUGAAACAGACGCUUAA